GGCGACUGGAUCAUUUCCAGGGUGGAAUAUUGGGCUGUGUUCCGCCAAGAACAAGGUUCAUAAGAAUGCCAUCAAUAAACGGCAUCCAGGCAGCAGGGGCCAAUUAUGGUGAAGGCAGGGCAUGUCCAAUGUGUGCCUGCGCAUGGCCCCAGUAACACCCUCUUAAACAACAAAUCGCCCAAAUUCUUACUGAUGCUAUCAUUUACUCAAUGUCCUAUGUCCCUACCGCUUAAGCGACAGCUGGAGCUCCCGAAGCCUGAGCCCAAAAGGAAGAAAGCUGAGCAUUCUGUUCGUGAAGCAGAAGCCCAACGACCAGCAGGGUUUUGGGACAAUCUCUCCCAGAUUUGGUUGACAAAAAAGGCCUUGAGAGAGUUAGAUCGAAGAAACACUCACCAGCGACCUCAUGUUAUAGAGCCCUAUAGACCGAUUACUCGGCAGAUUUCCGCUGAACGAAGAAAGAACGUUGUUGCGUACGCCCCGGAGUUCCUCAGCUCAUGCAAACCAGAUUGUUUAGAUCGGGUAAGGAGAUUUGCUAGACACGGAGGCCCGGACCUCUCUGACCUCAGAAAUUUUCGACAGGAUAGAAUUCCGCUCUACUUCAAAAUGCCUAAGAGACCAUUAGCAGACACUACGCCCUCUUCCGUAACUCGAUCCAAGCGAAGCUCUCAGAGCACCGGUGCCUACAGUCUUGGCUUUGAGCAGCAUCUUAUUGACCAUUUUGUCUAUCCUCAUGGAUAUGAAUAUCCUGAUGAUAGAAUCCCAGAAAAGCCAAGCAAUUGGGAUCAAAUCAACAAUGUGCUUGAUCAAAGCCGAGGUUCCCUGUCACCGUCGAAAUUCGGCGACGAAGAGUUUCGACAAUUUGAACGAGCAAAUACAUAUGCCACCAGUGAAAAGAAAAUAACCAAAAUUAUCGAAAGUCUUGAGGGAGGAAGUGAUGAUAGGACCAUUGGAGGAGACUAUCCAUUCGGAAAUUUUAGGCCCUUAACUGAUGGCACAAUUCCCAGUGCUAAGCCUGACCACUUCCACGGGUCCCGGCCCGAAGAACUAAAUGGGCGUAUCCGCGACGAGCUUAACGAUAUCAUUAUACCUUCAACAGCGGCCAGUCGUCCAAUGUUGCCUAAUUACUUCCUAGAAAUCAAAACACCGGACCAAUCAGCUGCGGUAGCAAAACGGCAAGCCUGCUAUGAUGGAGCUCUAGGCGCCCGAGCGAUGCAAAGCCUUCAGUCAUUUUGGGUGAACCCGGUCUACGACAACAAUGCCUUUACCAUUACAUCAACUUAUCAUGAUGGCACUCUCAAGCUUUACACCUCCCAUCCCACCGCACCCAGUUGCCCUGAAAGUCAGCCGGAGUAUUUUAUGACCCAGUUGAAUGGUUGGAAUAUGACCGGGAAUUUGAAAACGUUUCGAGAGGGGGCGACUGCGUAUCGGAAUGCCAGAGACUGGGCAAAGGAGAAGAGAAAAGAGUUUAUUGAAGCUGCAAACACAAGAUUUCUAGGGCCAAAGCCCCAAUCAGUUCCUUCCUCUCUCUCCGGAGGCACCAUCACAUCUACCGUGGAGGUGGCGGUAAUAGACUCAGACAUCUCAACAAACUCCGAUGAGGCAGAAUAUCUAGACGCACAAUUUAGUUUCAAGGACUUUCGCGCCUCCAAAUCUGCUGACUAAUACUUUAUUUUUACUCCGAUAAGACUUUAUUUUCUAUAUCCUAAACAUUUCUCAACAGGCU